UUCUAUGCAUUUUCGUAGGAUUCAUUUUCAUAGUUGCAGCGGUGUAUAAGUGGCAAAAGCAGAUUAAAAUAAAUUUGCCACAAAAAUAAAUGUUGUAAACAUUUAGCGUUCGAAUUUUGACGUUUUGUAACGCGAAGCCGUUAAGAUUUAUCAAAUACCAUAAAUCAACAAAGCAGACAAGGAUAGAAGUGCAAAAAUUGUCAACACUUUUCUCUCUAUCUGGAAAUCUUCGCCGUCAAAAUGGGUGAAAUCAAAUCUGUUAAAGUGGAUAAUUGGGGAGUAUUCUUCCUUCAGAAACUGCAAAAUUUCUUUAAUAAGACGGACUACUGCGAUCUCACAUUGCAAUUUCGAGAUAACUCCCAACUAAAGGUUCAUCGCCUAGUGCUGAGCGCUUGCACUGAUUACUUCAACGUUUUGGAGCAGACAUGUGAAAUGGUAGAUGAUGCACUUAUCAUGCCCUAUGAACUGCAGGCGGAUGUUGUAGUACCAAUAGUAAACUUCAUGUAUACCGGCACAUUGGAAUUCGAACUAAAAAUGUAUGGAAAGCUGUUACGCACGGCAAAGGAUAUGAAUAUGACGGUUCUCCUAAAGUUGUUAGAAGCACAUCGUCGUACAAUGGAAGGAGUAAAUCGCAUGCAACGGCCUCCUAGUCCAAAACCAUUGCGUCGCCGGGCUCCCACAUCUGCUAGUAUGCCUCAACAGCCAGCCCCCAAUCAACAACGACGCGUAUUAACGACGUCACCUAACAGUGUAUCUGGAGUGCAGCGUCGAAUCACUCAAACAAUUAGUACUAAUGCGUCUACGCAACAAACUCCGUAUCGUCAACAGAUAGGUUCAACUUCAUUAAUAAAAACAAACAGUAGUAGCAGUACUUCUACUGCCAUGCAAGGGCGGGCACAUUACGGCAAUCAAAUUGCUUAUGAAACUCAUCAAACUACUAUUAAAACAGAGCCAGAGGAACCAACAACCACAUCGCCAUUUGAACAGUUGCGCAAGGGUUACAAUAAUAACAAGCGGCCGGCCAGUACUACUUUGAUUUCACCGCCCACAAAGAAACUUAAUAUUGAAGAUGUUAAAGAGUUUGCCGAGCAACAGCGUAUGCGGAAACAAAUUGCUGCAGAAUAUGGUGAUGAUCAAGGCGAGUACGAGAGUGGUAUGAUGGAGGACGACAUACACAAUGAUGAUGACGACGAUGAGUUGGCAACCACAUCCGCCACUGCAUGCACUUCCUCAGCUAUGCAACCGUCCACAUCGCGCCAAACUCAAUUACAGCAUGGUGCCACUACAAUCACAAUUAAUCAAAAUGAGAAGCCGCCGACUAUCGUCGUUAAAGACAGUUCCAAUUCGAAAAUGAACCAUGCUAAAAUAAUUAAAGAAGUACUUCGUCAGUACCCACAUUUGGUAAAGAGUAAUAAGAAUAUAAAACUGAAGAUAAUGCCCAGCUCUGGUGACCAACCACAAAAGAUCAUUGUAAAGAAGGAACAAUUGGAAAAUAUUUCCAAUGAGCCGCAAGCCCAAUUACCGUCUCAAUCGCAGUCAGUUUUGCGCACACAAACCUCAUCGCAAACAUUGCUGAAACCAUUGGAGAAACCUCAAGCCAAUAUACAGCAAACUCCAUCGGCUCUGCCAGUGGUAUCAAAGGUAUCACCAGCUCAACAGAAACCACCAGUGACAUCUGCUGCCCCCGCCUCGAUCGGAGGGAGUACAGCAACACCAGCAGCAGCGCCAGCUCAAAAGCGCCGUAUCGAUAGUAAAACAAUGCACGCGUUAAUUGCAUUAGGGGCAGAGAACACCACUGGCCCUUGGUUGUGUCUUCGUUGCGGUGUUAACGGUCGUCCCAUAAGUAUUCCAUCAUAUCGUGGAUUCCGUCGACAUUUAAUCAACACACAUAAAGAGUACAUUGACCCGGCUCUCUGCGAGCAUUGUGGCUGGCGUUCAAGCAAUAAGCGUGAGCUCCAUUUCCAUAUGGAGGUAGAGCAUAAAAUGAAGACAACUUCGUACGCUUUUCCACAGUGUUUGUUGUGUUCCAAUCCAUUCCUGGACACAAAUGCGCUAAACCAGCAUAUGGUUGAGGCCCAUCCAGAUGAGAAUAAACAGCAAUGUAUUUAUUGUAAUAAGAUUUUCGCACGUGAACUCCAACUCUAUAACCAUAUGAAAACUUACCACAAGAAACAGGCACUUGAAGACGGCAUUAUUGAUUAUUCGGAUGAAGAGUUUUCAGAAUCGCAAGACGCCACCGAAAUUGCCACGCCCGAGGUACAAGAUGCUGCAACAAAGGAAAAGAAGGAAUCAAAGAUAAAAAUAAUUUCUGAUAUUAGUUUACCCAGUACUGGAGCGAUAUUAAAACUAGAGGGCAACAAUGUUGCUACCGAAGUUACUACACAAAUGGACAUAUCUGCCGGCCAGCAGGACUUUAUGGAAACAAAUGAAGGGACAAUUAUUACUUCUGAACCCAAAUUCGUUAAUGUUGAUGGUAACGAGAUGGUUUUAACCGAGGAACAACGUAAAGAGAUCAUGGCUCAAUUGAAUCAGGAACAUGGAGCUGGUGGGGUUGUAAUGGUAUUAAACGAACCUGCCGAGUAUACUGCAGAAACAACAUCUAUUGCUGCUAAUCGAGGUGAAAUAGAAAACGUAGAAAAACAACAGCUAGAUCAAGAAAUUGAGCAUGAGGCUGAACACGAGUCUGAGGCUGAAGCCAUGGAAGAAGAGUUUCCAAAUGUAGCUGCAGCUGGUUCAACAGCAGAUGAGGACUUCGAUGAUAGCCAGAUUUACAAUGAGUUACAUCCUGCACAAAGUGGGCAAGGCGAUGCAGAAGGGACUGCAGAUAUAAACACUACUGACGUUUCGGAUCAUAAAAAGAACACUUCGGGGGGAGGUGCUUUGGAUGAAAGCAAGGAGUCCAUGGAGAAUUUGGAAUGGGCUGAAAAUUUGAUCAGUGCACAUGAGAUGGCUGAUCAAGAAAUAGAAGCGGAUAAAAAAGAUAAAGAAAAUAAGAAUGACGAUGUAAUAAACCAAAAGUUGAAGGAAUUGACUGGUGACUGGUCAGAGGAUGAGAAUGAGGAGGAGCAGCACGAGGCGACAGUUUCUCCAAGUGCUGAAGUAGAGGAACCAGAAGAAUCCUCUAAUACUAUUAAGAACGCAGUAGAAGGAAGAGAUGAAACGAGUGCGGAUAAGAAGGAAACUGUUCGAGAGGAGGCGAAGAUUGCUGAAGAACUUACACAGGAAUCUAUUGAACAAGAGAAAAUCGAAGGGGAAACUGACAGCUUGGAAGUUGUAGGAGAAAAUGUUAUGCCACGAGAUGAUGAUCCUGGUUACACAAGUACGAAGGUUGAUGUUUCGAAGGUCGAAGAAGAUGAUGAUCUAGACACACUCAUGAAAAAUUUACACAAGGAUGAUGCAGACAUAACAGAUGUAAAGAGUGAGGAAACUGAAGACGAAGUACAGAAAAUGGAAACGGCAGAUGUUGAAGUAGCUGUUAAAAAUGAAAAGGACAUCACUCCCUCUAAAGAGUCAACAACUAAAGGAGAUGGCAACAUUUCGAAACCUGAAAUUAAGAAAGAUGAGAAAAGUGGUGCAGCCGACAACAUUGUCUCUCUUCAACGCGAUGUAUUGCUAGAAGAACUUAUUGCCGACGCUGAAAGCGUGUCUAAAGAUGAGUUCAUUACGAAAGCGCAGCCAGCUGUUACUGAAAUUACAAAAUCAUCUUCCGUUGAGGUGGAAGAACCUUCUACUGCAUUUGCAACAAAGGUGGAGGAACCAACUGAAGCUGUUGAAGAAAUGAAAGUGGACGACACUAAGGCCACAGAAGUAAUUGCCACUGCAACUGCAGCUGAUGGCGAUGGAGAUGCUGCAGCAGAAGCGGUAAAAGAUGCCGCUAUCAUAAGUAAAACAAAGGCAAGUGAUGUCGACAUAGUAAAAACAUCCGAACGCGUGAACAGUCUUAUUAGUGAAUGGGCUGAAGAUGAGGAAGAAGACGAACACGAUACUGCUACUCCAGCUGCUAUCACGGAGGGGGAUGAGGAACAACUUUGAGAUCUAGAUUUAAUUACGAUGUAAGUUUUUAACCUAAAACAUAGGAAUAAUGAAUUCUAGGAGUAAAAAAGAAUAUGUUAGCAUGUUAAAAAAUUGAACAUAAAAGAAGCAACGCGCAUAAUUGUAGUUAUAUACAUAUUCACAUUAAGAUGUUACGUUAUUUUAUAACUAAAUAUGACUUCAGUUCUGUGCUAAAAUGAAUGAUUUGAUUGCAUUUAAGCACGCUUACCCUUGUCUUUGUUUGCAGCUAUGCAAAUGUUAAAUCUUUGAAAAUUUGUAAAAUUUGGCCAUUCAAUAUUCUUUUAUUUAUCACUAAAUACUAACUAUUAAACAUGUUCAUUUGGGUAAAAAUAUAUAUACGUAAUAUAUUAUGUUUCAGUGUGUAAAUACCAAAUUAGCACCAAAUAAUCGAAGAAUCGUGGUAAUUUUUGGAAAAUAACAUCAACUAACAUAUUUGGUUAUUGCUUCACACUUCACAAAAAUUGAACAGAUUUCGAAAAAAAUAUCAAAAUUUUUUACUUUAUAAUCAGAAUUUUUAGAAAAUUCCUGGAUAUAUAAUACUAUAGCCCAUUCAUUUUUCGUAUAAUAAAGUGUAAUUAUGGUAAAGUCGCUCAAAAAUUACUUUGGCUUAAAAAAAAGUACAUAAGGUGUUGUUCGGAAGUCAAAAAUCAGUGAAAAUUUAUAGUUAAAAAGUUAACGGAAAACGAGUUAAAAAUAUUGUAAAAAGUUGAAGUGACUUAAUUAUUUGAGCACAAAAGUGUACUCGUAUGAAUUUUACUGAUUUCAUGUAUUACAAACAUAAUACCAUACAUAUUGAAAUAUGUAUACAUAUUGUGGCAGCCGUAGUCCAAUGGUUGAUACGCGACUACCCAGGCUCGAGAUACACUGUAGGAACCAAACUUCAAAAACAUAGAAAAGGUUUUUGUUUUUUAUAAUAGUGGUCACCCCUCGGCAGGCAAUGGCAAUCGUCAGAGUGUAUUUCUGCCAUGAAAAAAAGAAGAUGAAGGUGUUUCCAAUGUUUGUGUAACAAACGGAAUGUAAGCGCCAAUUAUACAUAUAUACAUUGCCAUACCCUAAAGAAAUAUAGACAACUCAGAUGCAAAGAUGUAUUAUUUAUUACAAUCCACUCACUUGUAGCAUAGAAGCAAAGUUUUGA